AUUAUUAGCUUGCACAUGAAAACAUGGAGGAAGAUGAAGGCUCGUGCCCCCCCUCCUCCUGGAAGACCGACCACGCCCAAUGUGCACAGCAGACAGAAGCUUCCCCGGGAUGUGUCCCCUGGCCCUCCACAGAACCUGCUGCACAUGAAGGAGAACUUGAGGAACAGCAUGGUGGCGGUCACCGUGGUUCUGCCCAGUGGGCUGGAGAAGAAGAGCGUGGUCAAUGGCAGCCAUGCAAUGAUGGACCUACUGGUUGAACUUUGUCUUCAGAACCACCUAAAUCCAUCCCACCAUGCCCUCGAGAUCCGGUCUUCGGAAACCCAGCAGCCUUUGAGUUUUAAGCCAAAUACUUUAGUUGGGACACUGAAUGUGCACACUGUAUUUCUCAAAGAGAAAGUUCCCGAAGAGAAGGUGAAGCCUGCCCCACCCAAGGCACCUGAGAAAUCUGUGCGCUUGGUAGUGAAUUACCUGCGAACCCAAAAGGCCGUCGUGCGUGUGAGCCCCGAGGUGCCGCUCCAGAACAUUCUCCCAGUCAUCUGUGCAAAGUGUGAAGUCAGCCCGGAGCACGUGGUGCUCCUCAGGGACAACAUUGCCGGGGAGGAGGUGGAACUUUCCAAGUCCCUCAACGAGCUGGGGAUAAAGGAGCUCUACGCGUGGGACAACAAACGAGUUCUUCUGACCAAAACUCAGUCGGAGCCUUCCCUGAGCUGUCAAGAAACCUUUAGAAAAUCAUCGCUUGCCAAUGAUGAGACAGAUAAAGAGAAGAAAAAAUUUCUGGGAUUUUUCAAAGUUAAUAAAAGAAGCAGUAGUAAGGCCGAGCAGAUUGGGCGGUCCGGGUUGGACAGCGAUGAGGACACCUCACAGUCUGCUUUGGAAAAGGGCUCGAAUGAGCAGCUUGGGGGCCACAUGGCCUUCUUUCCCAUCCUGAAAUCUACCAGUUCCUAA